GGUGCCGAUGUGCAAGGGCAUCGGCUACAACCUCACCUACAUGCCCAACCAGUUCAACCACGACACGCAGGACGAGGCCGGGCUGGAGGUGCACCAGUUCUGGCCGCUGGUGGAGAUCCAGUGCUCCAGCGACCUGCGCUUCUUCCUCUGCAGCAUGUACACCCCCAUCUGCCUGGAGGACUACAAGAAGCCGCUGCCGCCCUGCCGCAGCGUCUGCGAGCGGGCCAAGGCCGGCUGCGCCCCGCUCAUGCGCCAGUACGGCUUCGCCUGGCCCGACAGGAUGGCGGUGGCCGAGCACGUGCGGUACGAGAGCACCGGCCCGGCGCUGUGCACCGUGGUCUUCCUGCUCGUCUACUUCUUCGGCAUGGCCAGCUCCAUCUGGUGGGUCAUCCUCUCCCUCACCUGGUUCCUCGCCGCCGGCAUGAAGUGGGGCAACGAGGCCAUCGCCGGCUACGCGCAGUAUUUCCACCUGGCCGCCUGGCUGCUGCCCAGCGUCAAGUCCAUUGCCGUGCUGGCGCUCAGCUCCGUGGACGGGGACCCCGUGGCCGGCAUCUGCUACGUGGGCAACCAGAGCCUGGAGAACUUACGGGGCUUUGUGCUGGCACCGCUGCUCAUCUACUUGGCCAUCGGCUCCAUGUUCCUGCUCGCUGGCUUCGUCUCGCUCUUCCGCAUCCGCAGCGUCAUCAAGCAGCAGGGCGGCCCCACCAAGACCCACAAGCUGGAGAAGCUGAUGAUACGCCUGGGCCUCUUCACCGUGCUCUACACUGUGCCAGCUGCCAGCGUGGUCGCCUGCCUCUUCUACGAGCAGCACAACCGGCCCCGCUGGGAGGCCACGCACAACUGCCCCUGCCUGCGCGACCAGCAGCCUGAUCAGGCCCGCCGCCCUGACUAUGCUGUCUUCAUGCUCAAGUACUUCAUGUGCCUGGUGGUGGGCAUCACCUCCGGUGUUUGGGUCUGGUCUGGCAAGACCCUCGAGUCCUGGAGGGCCCUCUGCACCCGCUGCUGCUGGGCCAGCAAAGGUGCUGCCGUGGCUGGGGCCACAGGGGCAGGAGCCAGUGGGCAGGCGGCAAUCGCCGCAGCAGGAGGACUUGGGGCUGGAGGCGGGGGCUCCCUCUACAGCGAUGUCAGCACCGGCCUGACGUGGAGGUCAGGUACCGCCAGCUCUGUCUCCUACCCCAAGCAGAUGCCCCUGUCUCAAGUGUGAGGAGGGGGAAAGAGGCCAAAGGUUAGGGAAUGAGGGACACUGGCCUGCCUAAAAUGCCCCCUCACUGUUUGGUGCCAUUAAUGAACCCCUAAUGGUCCUUAUUAGCCACAGCUUGUAUAGAACAAUGCAGCUGGCAGAGGCCCCAAGCUCCAGCCCCCUCCUCCUUCCUCUCCAUUCAUAUGCAGGGAGCAUGUACUUCAAGGAGCCAGCUUAUUAUUUUGCUGGCAGAGGAGGGUAGAGGCUCACCCGUGUCUUGCAGAGGGCAAGGCACAGCGGCUCUGAUUCACUCUGGACUAACAGCAGCUCUUCACUCAUGGGAGGGAGGGUCUUCCUCCCCCCCCAUCCCGAGGUGGGAGUCUGCUGGGACUGCAGGUUUUUGGGAUAUUGAUGACCAGGCAAAUGCCUUACAAUACAGACUGAAUCAAAACAUGUCUUAAUUAUACACCCCAGCUAAAUACGGGUUUCCUACAAUAAAGGAUGUAUUUAUAUAAUUAUUUGUUACCUUGUACAGAUGUGUAAAAUAUGUAUAUAUCCAAAGCUAUACAGUCUGUAAAUUUUUUUGUAAAAAAGUGUAGAGGCUACCCCUGUAAGAGCAAAUAUGAGUAUUCUAUUUUGUCAAUAAAAUGACUUUUGAUAAAUGA